UUUUGAUCAAGCCAAUCAAAUGGCGCCUUUGAAACAACCCCAUUAUCGUGUCAAAAAAAAAAAGUUUUUUUUUUUCUUUUCUUAUCGCUUUGUUCAGGUCUUCUUUUUUUAUUAUUGUUUUCAUCCAUUGCAAUGCCAGAGACUUCUUCUUCUUCUUCUAGAAGAGCUCAAGCACCUACUCAGCAACAGCAAGACGAAAACCAAGGGUUCCUUGCUAAAUAUGGUGGACAAAUCUUUCAAAUGUUUAUGAUAUGGUUGGUCAUGAGGUUAUUGACUGGAGGUCUAUUCCCUAAUCAACAAAAUAAUGUACCACCACCGCCAUCUCCUGGUACUGGAAAAGAUCAAACAACAGUCUUGAACAAUGUAGGAACCACCAUGCGCGAUUAUGCUCCUCACGUCCCUUCCUCUGUUUUUUACUACCCUCAACCUGAAAUCCCUUUGAAUCAUCUUGCUGAUAGUUUUGCGCCAUUAUGGCCAAAAGAUACCAAGAUGGAUCUAUCUGUUUACACUAAUCAAGAUGAAUAUUUCACUCGUUAUCAAGACACUCCCGUAUGGCAAGCAACUGAUAUUAUUUAUGGUGGUAAUAGUAAUGACCGUCGUGAACAUCAUAUUGAUAUCCCUAUUACCAAGUCUUUACAACACAAUGGAACUUUGUACGCCCAUAUCUUCGUCACUCCGCAAGGUGCCACCAUCAAUCCCAAGGAUCCUUCUUUCGUUGCCAACAAUGUGGUAUAUCUUCGUCAUACCUUGACCAAAUUCUAUCCCAAAAAAAAUAUCGUCAAGCAAAAGAAAUUAUUGGGCAAAGAUGAAAAAGAAGAAGAAAUGGACGUCGAAGUGGAUGAACAGAUGGAAGAUCAACAACAAGAUGCUUCUGGAUUGGGUGGUUUUGGAAUGGGUUUAUUAUCUAAUCUUACUCGUCAAGCACCUCUGGUGGCUUACUGGCAUGAAAAUGUGACUCUAUCCGUGAUUACUGAAGGAAAAGCAAUGAUUCCUAAGGCAUCGAUGCAACCUCCUGUGAUCAAAUACAUUCCUUUUGAUGAAAAUUUGGUUCGUGAUGCUACUGGCAAGGUUGGUUACUAUAAACCUAUUGUUUUUCCCAAUGAUUUUUGGUUGUUACGUAAAAAUGCUUAUCCUGUCAAUGAAACUAUCAGCUCAUUACCCUUGACUAUUCAUUUAGAACCUUUGUCCAUGUGGAAAUUUAGUAUCUAUGCAACAAUGACUGAAAUGAUGAACAAUCAACAAUCUUCUAGUCCUAUGGGUGGUAUGUCUUCGUCUGAAACGGAUGAAGUCAAACGUAUGUUUUUGGAAACAAACCCUAUCCUUUUAGCGGUGACCAUCUCGGUCAGUUUAUUACACAGUCUCUUUGAAAUGUUGGCCUUCAAGAACGAUAUUGCAUUCUGGAAAAAGAAAGAUAAUAGUACAGGUGUUUCAGUGCGUAGUAUCAUUGUCAAUAUCUUUUUCCAAAUAGUGAUCUUCCUCUAUUUACUGGAUAACAAUCAAGAAACAUCCUGGAUGAUCUUGAUGGGUCAAGGUGUGGGUCUUUUGAUUGAAGUAUGGAAGGUGUUCAAGGCAUUGAAAUAUGAAUUAAUCUGGCGCCCAGGACAACUUUUUCCUACUUUAUCGACACAAAACGCGAACAAUACUACGGAGGAAGAAGAUGAAACGUCUAAAUACGAUGCGAUUGCGUUCAAAUAUCUGACAUGGAUUUCUUAUCCUCUUUUGGCCGGGUAUGCUGUGUACUCCCUUUUGUAUGAUGAACACAAGAGUUGGUAUUCCUUUGUCCUGAAAACUUUGGUAGAAUUUGUUUAUCUCUUUGGCUUUAUCACUAUGAUUCCUCAACUUUAUAUCAACUACCGUCUCAAGAGUGUUGCACAUAUGCCAUGGAGAACCUUGAUGUACAAAUCACUCAACACAUUUAUUGAUGAUUUAUUUGCAUUUGUGAUUAAAAUGCCUACUCUUCAUCGUAUUGCUUGUUUACGUGAUGAUGCUGUAUUUAUUGUCUAUCUCUAUCAACGCUACAAAUACAAAGUGGAUCCUACUAGGGCAAAUGAAUAUGGUCAAGUCGGGGAACAAAAGCAAGAUGCUGACAAGAAGAAAUCAGUGGAAUCAAAGAAAGAUCAAUAGGUUCAUCCAGUAUAAUUUUAGUUUAUUUUUGUUUUUAUUAUAUUAAUGUAUAGUUUAUAUUUUUUUUUUUAUCAAUUACUAUCAUUUAUUAAAAGUCAUCCAUCAAAAGCGU